AUGCUGUUUCAAAGAACGAACCGAAGUUCCUCCGGGAGCCUUUCGCAAAAUGCACUUUUCAGUAGUGCAGGAUUUGAUUCUGCCAACAGCAGCAGCAGCAAUCGUCGGCACUCCACCGCACAUUUGCAUGGAAUCAAUCAGCAGCAGGAAACGCAUUCAAUGGCUGGGGCAUUUUGGGAAGACUUGAGACGAUUUUUGGCUCCGAGUGCUUUCACAGGAAUGUUUCCGAUUGACGCACGCUCGGGGAUUGGUCGACGACAGCCAUUUUUCAGCCGAAAGUCCGCCCCAUUUUGGAUCUCAUUGGUUGGACUCGUCUUGCAGUUCGCCCUGAUUGGGAAACUGGGAUAUGACUUGUACAACAGCGUCCAAAUCGCAAAUGAUCUGUCAUAUUCCCAGACGUCAUUGUUCGCUCUGAAAUUAAACCGAUCUCUCGAGUUGAUCACUGGACCAGUGUUGUUUGCACUCAUCGUGUUCCUCGCCAAGCCCAUCGUUUGCUCUUUGAGCAACAUGAACAGCUCUGUGUUGCAAAUCCCAAAACGUCGGAAACCGUCACGUCCAAUGAGGCAAAAGGUGGCCAAUUUAUCCUGCGUGGGCCACGUUUGCUUCUAUGCCCUGAUGACAGUCGUGUCGGCCAUGAUUGAAUUCGUGACCCAGGUCGGCAGAGAAUCCAGAGACGAAGAGACGAACCUCGAGUGGGUUUUCAGAUUCGUCGGGUUCGGCUGUACAUUGUGGUACAAGGCAGCCAUGGUUUGGUGGCCAGUGUUUAUUAAGAAAAUAGCAGAGGCCUGCACAGAGUCUUGUCGAGACUUGUUCGAAAGCACGAUUCAUUUCAUGCGGAAUUCCGAGUUGAAAAUCGCAAUCGCCGGAAUAACGGAGCAUGCGGAUUCUGCUGCUGGUCUGGAAAAUUGCACGAGGAAAUGGGCGACUUUUCGCACAGCUUCGCACGAGUUUCUCGACUCCGUUUCGCCGAUCGUCACUUUCAUGAUAUUCUACGAUGCUGUGCAGUUUUGCACGGUGGCUUACAUGUUUUUGGCAAAUGCAAUUGGGCAGACGGAGUUCCAAAGGUUCAUCCUGAUCGUUGUGGGAUUCACCGGCGUUGCUUUUGUGAGCAUUUGGAGUUCUUAUACACUUUGUCACUCGGUGGAGAAAAUUACCGAGGCUGACGGAAAGGCGAUCAGGAAAUUGGAUGAGUUGUCAACGAAAAACUUGACCAUAAGUGGUAAAAUUGAGGUGCAACGAAUCAUCGCAGAAGGAUUUUUUUUCGCAAGAGAACACAGAGCCAUGGGAUUAUUCGGAACAAAGAAGAAGAUGCUUGUUGCAAUGUCAAAUGCGUUCAUUACGUACCUCAUCGUUUUCCUGCAAUUCAAUCAUGAUGAUUUGUCGACGAGACCAACACACUGA